CUGGACAAAGUUCAGACAUGUUCCAAAUUUCAACCACCAAGCAAGGAUUGUUUAUCUUUGCCCACAAAUGGACGAUAGAAUUAUCUUUAUCAGGGGUUGCACAGAAUGACCAUCAAACACACUACCCAGAGGACAGGGCUGUCAGCAAUGAUCCUGUGAGUGAAGGCGAUGAGAACAUGGAGCGAGGUAACUGGUCCUUAAAGACUGACUACUUGCUCUCGAUGAUUGGCUGUGCUGUGGGUCUGGGUAAUGCCUGGAGAUUCCCUUAUCUGGCUUUCAAAAAUGGAGGAGGUGUGUUCCUUAUUCCCUACACUCUGAUGCUGGCACUCAUUGGCAUACCAAUGUCUUUUCUGGAAUCUUCUGUUGGGCAGUUUGCCAGUCUUAGACCUGUUGCAGUCUGGAAAGCUGUACCCAUGUUACAAGGUGUGGGUAUAACCAUGAUCCUUUUCGGAGCAAUUGGCAAUGUUUCGUACUGCGGCAUCCUUGCCUACAGUCUGUACUACUUGUUUGCUUCCUUCCAAUCACCCCUGCCGAGGGCAGACUGCUUCAGUUGGUGGGGAGCAGAUGAAACAUGCAGCAGAGCUCCGAAAGAUCCGCUCUGCAAUCUCACUCAGGAUGAUGGAUAUUUUGAAAUCAUUAAUACAACGUGGCUGCAGGCAAACAAUGAAACUUGUCCAAAUGGAUCAGAAAUCUCCGUUCCUCACCAGGGUCCAAGUGAGCAGUACUGGGACAAAGUGGCUUUACGUCGGACUAGUUCAAUAGACGAGACGGGGUUGAUGGUUUGGUAUUUAGCCCUCUGCCUGUUUCUGGCCUGCCUGAUAAUUGGAACUGCAUUAUCCAAAGGGAUCAAAUCUUCCGGAAAGGUGGUUUAUUUCACUGUCACGUUCCCUUAUGUAGUUCUGACUGCACUCCUGAUCCGUGGGAUUACUCUGGAGGGAGCCCACAAAGGAAUUGAAUUCUACAUUGGAAAACAGUCAGAUUUCUCUAGACUGGCUGAUGCUGAGGUCUGGAAAGAUGCUGCCGUACAGAUUUUUUAUUCUACAUCAAUCAGUUGGGGGGGUUUAAUAACACAUUCAUCCUACAACAAGUUCCACAACAACUGCUGUAGAGAUACCAUCAUUGUCUGCAUUGUUAAUUCUGCUACAAGCAUAUUUUCCGGCUUUGCCAUCUUCUCCAUCCUUGGCCACAUGGCUCAUCUACAAGAUAAACCCGUUUCAGACGUUUCACGGUCAGGUUUUGGAUUGGCUUUCAUUGUCUACCCAGAGGCUCUUGCCCAUUUGCCGUGGGCACCUUUAUGGUCCAUAUUAUUUUUCUUCAUGCUGGUCACUCUGGGAGUUGAUACUCUGAUUGCAAGUUUUGAAUCAGUCAUGACAACCCUGCUGGACCAGUUCCCUAAGUUUCUAAGACCAAAGCGCCUUUAUCUGAUAACUGUCGUUUGGUUGCUGUUUUAUUGCCUUAGCCUUGAAUGUGUAACACAGGCAGGAGUUUACUGGAUCAAAUUAAUUGAUCAUUUCUCUGCUGGAUCGGGCAUUCUUACAGCUGCUCUGCUGCAAGUUAUUGGUCUGAGCUGGAUCUAUGGGACAAACCGUUUCACCAAGGACAUUGAGAUGAUGAUUGGGGAAAUGACCUGGCACUUCUGGCUGUGAUGGAGAGUCUGUUGGUUUUUUAUCACUCCGUGUGCGCUGGCAGCAAUAUUGUUCUGGUCCUUAGUCACGUUUGCCCCAUUAACAUACGGAUCUGUUGAAUACCCUGACUGGGCAGUAGUGCUGGGUUGGUGUAUGAUAAUUUUCUGUAUCAUGUGGAUUCCUAUAAUUGCCGUAGUUAGAGUUGUCCAAGCUGAGGGCCCCACCUUGUGUCAGAAAAUUUCUGCUGCUUGCACUUCAGCUCCUGAUUGGGGUCCAUACUUAGAACAACACAAAGGAGAAAGAUAUAGAAACAGGUCCAAUUCUACAGAACUGUGCAAUAUGUCUUGCUGCAUCUGAGAUAUAAACAUCUUACAGAAUAUUUGUAAAUAAUGGCACUGAAAAUCCACCAGCAUUAUGAGAUACAGCCUCUUCCAUUUUACUGAGAGAUCUAUAGAAGAGUGAGCAAAAUGGUUGGAUCACAGAAAUGCCAACUCUUGGUAAUUCUGAUGUUUCCCCUGUAGACGCCCAAACGGGUUAAUUUCCAAAUUCUUCCUGUAUCAGACAGCAAGAGCUCAACAAACUUGGGAAUGAUUCUGGAAAAAAUGGUCUGGAUAUUGUGAUGCCACUGAAACAGAAGAAGCUGGAUGGUCUGGGCAAUACAGAGCUGAACAAUGCAGUGACAGGAGACAUGAUCUUAGGAAAAUCCACCUACAUUAAUGUGGUGAGAGGACUUCAGGAUGACGAUGAAGGAGCAACUAAAACUGGGGCCACAGAAACUACAAUGAAGCCAUCCUCAUAACCACACCCGAACUGCCCAAUGUUUGUUUUUAGGAGCUUCCAGGAAUUAGAUCAACAAAGUUCCCAGCACAUUAAAUAUCUGAUGGAAAUGCAUUUCCAAAAUAUGAUUUCUUCAUUAUUAUCUUAGAUUGCUGACUCAGAGAAAAUGAUGUAAAACUUGCCAAAGAGAUUA